CCCAAGCCAGCGUCCAACCCGCUGCGCCUGCCUGUCGAGGAGCACCCAACGGCCCCAGGUUCUCCCAGUCGCCCCGGUUCCUCCCUCCUCAGACGGCGCGCCAGUGCGGAGACCUCAGCCUCCUGAAAUUCUUCGCGUCCCCCCUUCCCGCCUGCACCCACGCUGCCUUCCAGCCAUUCAUUCCGGAGGAUUUAUUGAAUGCCCACUCUUGGCGCCGACCAGAUAAACUCGGGUCCCUGGCCGCGAACGUUGGUCUUUACCUUUUGCAAGGAGAGAAUGAUUUGGUGAUGGAGUGCUCCCACUGACCGAUGGACUCAAAGAAGAAAAGUUCCACAGAGGCUGAAGGAUCCAAAGAAAGAGGCCUGGUGCACGUGUGGCAGGCAGGGUCCUGUUCCGUGGCACCAGAGAGAUUGCCAGGCUGGGGAGGAAAGACUGUCCUCCACGCCGCCCUUGGAGCGCGACACGGGGCGCUUCUGACUGAAGAUGGUGAGGUCUACAGCUUUGGGACUCUCCCCUGGAGAAGUGAGCCAGCAGAAACUUGUCCGAGCAGCCCCAUUCUGGAGAAUGCCCUGGUUGGGCAGUAUGUUGUUACCGUGGCAACAGGGAGUUUCCACACCGGAGCAGUCACAGACAGUGGUGUGGUGUACAUGUGGGGGGAGAACUCUUCUGGCCAGUGUGCGGUAGCUAACCAGCCAUAUGUUCCAGAGCCAAAGCCUGUCAGCAUUUCUGAUUCUGAGAGCAGUCCUUUGUUAGCGGUCAGGAUCUUGCAGUUGGCAUGUGGUGAGGAGCACACUCUGGCAUUGUCCCUCAGCAGAGAGAUCUGGGCAUGGGGUACCGGUUGUCAGUUGGGUCUCAUCACCACCACCUUCCCAGUGACAAAGCCACAAAAGGUGGAACACCUUGCUGGGCGAGUAGUGCUCCAGGUUGCUUGCGGUGCCUUCCACAGCUUAGCACUGGUCCAGUGCCUCCCUUCCCAGGACCUGAAGCCAGUGCCAGAAAGAUGCAACCAGUGCAGCCAGCUCUUAAUUACAAUGACUGACAAGGAAGACCACGUGAUUAUAUCAGACAGCCACUGUUGUCCAUUAGGUGUGACACUGUCAGAAUCCCAGGCAGAAAUCCAGGCCACCUCCACCGUCAGCCCCUCCUCUGAAACCCUUGACAGCCAGGGAGAAGUGUUUGAGAACACUCUUGUGCAGAAUGAGCCACCUGCUGCUUCUGAACCGAAUGUUGGAAAUGUUCAGACCACAGGUGUUCAGACCACUUCCUCCCCACGAGAUAUCAUUGGGACAACUGAAGUUUCUUCUGCAAGAAGUCUACCAUCACACCCUGACAGUCAGGCAGUAAAUGAAUAUGUGCAGAAACUGUCGGAUCGUUCAGUAAGAGAAAACUCUGAGAACGGUGAAAAGCCAGUGCCAUCUCAGCCUCUUGUGGAAGCAGCAAUCCCUAACCUUCACAGCCCGCCGACCACGAGCACUUCCGCCCUCAACAGCCUGGUGGUCUCUUGUGCGUCUGCUGUUGGUGUGAGAGUGGCCGCUACGUAUGAAGCUGGGGCCUUGUCUCUCAAGAAAGUUAUGAACUUUUACAGUGCAGCCCCUUGUGAGCCUGGAGCUCUGGCAGGCAGCAGUUCCAUAGGCCCAGAAGGUCUGAAAGAUAGCAGAGAAGAACAGGUCAAACAGGAGUCAAUGCAAGGGAAGAAGAGCUCAAGUCUUGUGGACAUCAGAGAAGAAGAGUCCGAAGGAGGCAGCCGAAGACUGUCUCUCCCUGGCUUGUUGUCACAAGUCUCGCCCAGACUCCUGAGGAAAGCGGCACGGGUGAAAACUCGAACGGUGGUUCUGACCCCGACAUACAGUGGAGAAGCAGAUGCGCUCCUGCCUUCUCUGAGAACAGAGGUGUGGACCUGGGGGAAGGGGAAGGAAGGACAGCUGGGGCAUGGCGAUGUUCUGCCCAGGCUUCAACCAUUAUGUGUAAAAUGUCUGGAUGGUAAAGAAGUAAUCCAUCUGGAGGCAGGUGGUUACCAUUCUCUUGCACUUACUGCAAAAUCCCAGGUUUACUCAUGGGGGAGCAACACCUUUGGUCAACUUGGGCAUUCUGAUUUUCCAACAACAGUUCCCCGUCUUGCAAAGGUGAACAGUGAAAAUGGAGUCUGGAGUAUGGCUGCAGGCCAGGAUUAUUCCCUGUUUUUAGUGGAUACCGAAGACUUCCAGCCUGGGUUAUGUUACAGUGGCCGACAGGACCCAACAGAAGGUGACAGCCUUCCAGAGAAUCACAGUGGUACUAAGAUGCCGGUCCUUCUCUCCUGUAGUAAGCUUGGAUAUAUAAGCAGAGUGACAGCAGGAAAAGACAGUUAUCUAGCCUUGGUGGACAAAAACAUUAUGGGAUAUAUUGCCAGUCUCCAUGAGUUGGCUACUACUGAAAGACGCUUCUAUUCAAAACUAAGUGAUAUCAAGUCCCAGAUUCUCAGGCCUCUUCUUGGCUUAGAAAAUCUGGGCACUGCAAAUACAGUCCAGCUGUUGCAGGAAGUGGCAAGCCGAUUCAGCAAGCUGUGUUACCUAAUUGGUCAGCAUGGAACCUCACUGAGCAGCUUCCUUCAGGGGAUAAAGGAAGCCAGGAGUUUGGUCAUCCUGAAGCAUGCAAGUCUCUUCUUGGAUAGUUAUACAGAGUAUUGCACAUCUAUUACAAAUUUCCUGGUUAUGGGAGGAUUCCAGCUUCUUGCUAAACCUGCCAUUGAUUUCCUAAAUAAAAACCAGGAGCUGUUGCAAGAUUUAUCAGAAGUGGAUGAUGAAAACACCCAGUUGAUGGAAAUUUUGAAUACUCUGUUUUUCUUGCCAAUCAGACGACUUCAUAGUUAUGCAAAAGUUUUGCUAAAACUUGCUACCUGUUUUGAAGUGGCCUCUAGACAUCUCCAGAAUACCAGAAGCUGCAGGAUUCCAGCUCUUGUUAUGAGUCACUUGCUCUCCAUCUCGGCAGGAAAAGGAAGGAAGCAGAAUACACAUUGAGUUUCUGGAAGACCUUUCCUGGAAAAAUGACGGACUCCUUGCGGAAGCCCGAGCGUCGGUUGCUGUGUGAGAGCAGCAACCGGGCCCUGUCCCUGCAGCAUGCGGGGAGGUUUUCUGUGAA